AUGUCCACCCCUAAUGAGCCAUCAGUUGCGAUGUCCUAUGCUGGUCCCUCACCGGGUGCUGGCCUGUCUCCGGGGCCCAUUCUAGGGCCAAGCCCUGGACCCGGCCCCUCUCCUGGCUCUGUACACAGUAUGAUGGGCCCCAGCCCAGGGCCACCAAGUGUCACGCAUGCUAUGCAGGGCCAAGGGGCUGGAGACUAUUCACAGGACAUGCACUCAAUGCAUAAGCCUAUGGAUGGAAUGCAUGAGAAGGGGAUGGGAGACGAUAUGCACUUCGGCCAGAUGAAGGGGGUGGGAAUGAAAUCCCUACACAGUGGCAUAGGUCCUCCACAGAGCCCCAUGGAUCAACACAAUCAAGGCUACAUGUCCCCUCAUCCCUCGCCAAUGGGCCAGGUUCCGGAAAAUGUGCCCAGCCCUAUGUCAGAAGGAGGACCAACCCCACCACAAAUGUCUCAGGAUCAGUCACCCAUGAUGCCCAUGGAUCCACAAGGGAUGGGACAGCAGGCUAGGGGUCUGUCUGCCUUCAGCCCAGUCCAGCUACAGCAACUAAGGGCUCAGAUCCUGGCAUACAAGAUCCUGGGUCAUGGACGGCCUCUGCCUGAGAAUCUACAGUUAGCUGUGCAGGGCAAGAGGAGCCUCCCCACCAUGCAGCAGCAGCCCAUCAACACUGGCCCCUACAAUAGACCUCCAGGUGAAUAUGCUUAUGGUAUGCCAGCAACAGGCCCAUGUCCCUCUCCAGCCAUGCAGACUCAUAUCGGUUCUGGGCCAAAACCCUGGCCCGAAGGCCAAAGCUCAGAGACCCCAAGCGCUCCACAGAAGCUGUUGGUCCCAGGUCCCAGCGGCAGACCCUCUCCAGCUACCCCGCUGGCCCCCACUGGCACCCAACCUGUGCCCAGCACCUCCCUCACCUCCCAAGCACAACCUCAGCCACCACCACCAGGACCAGGACCAGGCCAGCCCUCCCUCAUUAUCCAGCUUCAGCAGAAACAGAAUCGCAUCGCACCGAUUCAGAAGCCUCAGGGUCUGGACCCUGUUGAACUCUUGCAAGAGAGGGAAUACCGGUAUGUAAUGAUCUUCUUGAUUGCUCACAGAAUUCAGGAGCUGGAGAAUGUGCCAGGAUCACUGCCACCUGAUCUGCGGACUAAAGUUACCGUGGAGCUGACCUUAAGACUGCUCAACUUCCAGCGGCAGUUGAGGCUUGAUGUUGUAGCCUGUAUGCGCCGAGACACAACUCUGGAGACGGCCCUGAACUCCAAAGCCUACAAACGCAGCAAGAGACAGACGCUUAGAGAAGCUCGCAGGACAGAGAAACUAGAGAAGCAGCAAAAGAUUGAACAGGAGAGGAAGCGCCGCCAGAAACACCAGGAGUAUCUCAACAGCAUUCUGCAGCAUGCAAAAGAUUUCAAGGAAUAUCACAGAUCCAUCUCUGGAAAAAUCCAAAAGCUGUCUAAAGCCAUCGCAACAUGGCACACCAACACAGAGAGAGAGCAGAAGAAGGAGACGGAAAGAAUCGAGAAAGAGAGGAUGAGGAGACUAAUGGCUGAGAAUGAAGAAGGUUACAGGAAGCUAAUUGAUCAGAAGAAGGACAAGCGUCUGGCCUACCUUCUUCAACAGACAGAUGAAUACGUGGCCAACCUGACUGAGCUUGUCUAUGAACACAAGGCUGCUCAAGCUGCCAAGGAGAAGAAGAGGAAGAGAAAGAAGAAAAAGAAGGAAGCUAGCGAUGCUGAAGGAAUGGGAGCCAUCGGGCCUGAUGGAGAGCUCAUAGAUGAGACCAGCCAGAUGAGUGAGCUGCCAGUCAAAGUCAUUCAGACUGAGACGGGGAAAGUGCUGCAGGGGACAGAUGCCCCCAAGUCCAGUCAGUUAGAGGCCUGGCUCGAGAUGAACCCUGGCUAUGAAGUUGCUCCACGGUCAGACAGUGAAGACAGUGGCUCGGAAUUUGAAGAUGAGGAUGAUGAAGAGGUGGCAUCCAGAGCUGAAUCGGAAGAAAAGAAAGUCAUCGAUCCCAACAGUGAUGAAGUAUCUGAAACGGCAGCCAAGCACAUCAUAGAGUCUGCUAAGCAGGAUGCGGAUGACGAGUACAGUGUUCAGGCAGGAGAGACCAGCUCCCAGUCUUACUAUGGAGUGGCCCACGCGGUCAUAGAAAGGGUGGAGAAACAGUCCACCCUACUGAUCAAUGGGACCCUCAAACAUUACCGCCAUAUAACAAGCCUUUUUGUUCAGAUCCAGGGUCUGGAAUGGAUGGUGUCUCUAUACAACAACAACCUGAAUGGUAUUCUGGCUGAUGAGAUGGGACUGGGGAAGACCAUUCAAACUAUCGCACUUAUCACUUAUCUGAUGGAAAACAAGAGGCUCAACGGGCCAUACCUCAUUAUUGUGCCGCUCUCGACUUUGUCCAACUGGGUUUAUGAGCUGGACAAGUGGGCACCAAGUAUUGUGAAAAUUGCCUACAAUGGCACACCAUCAAUGCGAAGGUCUUUGGUGCCGCAGCUCCACAGUGGGAAGUUUAUUGCUUAUAAGUACAUCAUCAAAGACAAGCAAAUUCUCGCCAAGAUUCGCUGGAAGUAUAUGAUAGUGGACGAGGGCAACCGCAUGAAGAACCAUCACUGCAAGCUCACACAAGUGGAUCUAAAUGAAGAGGAGACCAUCCUUAUCAUUCGUCGUUUGCAUAAGGUGUUACGUCCCUUCCUUCUGCGCUCAGAGUCUCAGUUGCCUGAGAAAGUGGAGUAUAUCAUCAAAUGUGAUAUGUCAGCCAUCCAGAAGGUUCUGUACAGGCACAUGCAGGGCAAAUGCAUCCUGCUCACUGAUGGGUCAGAGAAAGACAAGAAGGGCAAAGGAGGAGGCAAGACCUUAAUGAACACCAUAAUGCAGCUGAAGAAGAUCUGUAAUCAUCCCUACAUGUUUCAGCACAUAGAGGAGUCCUUUGUUGAGCACUUGGGAUUUCCAAAUGGCAUUAUCAAUGGCCCUGACCUGUACCGUGCCUCUGGCAAGUUUGAAUUACUGGACCUCAUCCUGCCCAAGCUGAAGGCCACCAAUCACAGAGUGCUUUUGUUCUGUCAGAUGACCUCUCUCAUGACCAUCAUGGAGGAUUUUUUUGCCUACCGUAACUUCCUCUAUCUGCGAAUGGAUGGAACUACGAAGUCUGAGGAUCGUGCAAUGCUUUUAAAGAAAUUCAAUGACGAAGGCUCAAAGUAUUUCAUCUUCAUGCUGAGCACCAGGGCAGGAGGUCUGGGCCUCAACUUGCAAGCUGCAGACACCGUUGUGAUCUUUGACAGCGACUGGAACCCCCACCAGGACUUGCAGGCACAGGACCGAGCCCAUCGUAUCGGCCAGCAGAAUGAAGUACGUGUACUGCGUCUGUGCACUGUAAACAGUGUGGAGGAGAAGAUUCCAGCAGCGGCCAAGUAUAAACUGAACGUUGAUCAGAAAGUCAUUCAGGCUGGCAUGUUUGAUCAGAAGUCCUCCAGCCAUAAACACAGAGCCUUCUUGCAGGCUAUUCUGGAGCACGAGGAACAGAAUGAGGAGGAAGAUGAAGUUCCAGAUGAUGAAACUCUCAAUCAAAUGAUUGCUCGUAAUGAGGGCGAAUUUGAGCUUUUCAUGCGCAUGGAUUUAGACCACCGUCAAGAGGAUGCACGCAACCCUAGGCGUAAACCUCAGCUAAUGGAAGAGGAUGAGCUGCCAUCAUGGAUCCUGAAGGAUGAUGCUGAGGUGGAGCGGCUUACCUGCGAGGAGGAGGGGGAAAAGAUUUUCGGCCGUGGUUCUCGACACCGCAGAGAUGUCGACUACAGCGACGCAUUGACGGAAAAGCAGUGGCUGAGGGCUAUAGAGGAUGGCAACCUGGAAAAAAUUGAGGAGGAAAUACGGCUGAAGAGGCGCAAACGUAGGAGACAUGUGGACAAAGACAUGAGGCGUGAGGACGCUGACAAAGCCAAGAAGAGAAGGGGACGUCCUCCAGCAGAGAAGCUCUCCCCAAAUCCACCCAAACUCACAAAACAGAUGAAUGCCAUCAUUGAGACAGUCAUCAAUUACAGAGAUGCAUAAGUGCUAUCAGCCCGUCAGCUCAGCGAGGUCUUUGUGCAGCUGCCCUCCAGGAAAGAGCUCCCUGAAUACUAUGAACUGAUAAGGAAGCCAGUGGACUUCAAGAAGAUCAAGGAGCGUGUGCGUAACCAUAAGUACAGGAAUGUAAGCGAUCUGGAGAAAGACGUCAUGCUGCUUUGUCACAAUGCUCAGACUUAUAAUCUAGAGGGCUCUCAGAUCUAUGAGGACUCCAUUGUUCUGCAGUCAGUAUUCAAGAGUGCAAGACAAAAGAUUAAAUGGGCUUUUAAUAGAUUUGUGUUGUUUUAUAUGAAUUACAUAUAUUUUUUAAUCCAAGCUAAGUCAGUGAAGGUGAAAAUUAAGCUGAGUAAACGGGACGAAAGAUGUCAGGACAAAGGCAAGAAGAGACCAAGUCGUGGAAAGGCCAAGCCUGUGGUCAGUGACGAUGACAGCGAGGAAGAACAGGAGGAGAACGAGCAGUCAGAGAGGAGCCUCAGCGAUGAUGAGUGAGGAAGAGGAGAUGAGCCGAUCAUCAGCAUUCCCUUCACAUGUUUAUUUGCUUCUUUUAUUGACUUUCCUCACCCAGCUCAAUUAUUCUGUGAUCGC